AUGUAUGUAGAGACCCUUGUAAAUGGGAAGGCCACCAAAGCCCUGGUAGACACUGGUGCCACUCAUAACUUUGUCUCGAAGGAUGAGGCAAAGCUGCUAGAGCUCCAAGCAUCUAAGGAAGAAGGUUGGCUUAAGGCAAUUAAUUCAGCUGUCAAGCCAUCACACGGAGUAGCUUGUGGGGUGGCUAUGCACAUCAGCUCAUGGGAAGGAAUGGUCGACUUCACAGUGGCACCUAUGGAUGACUUCAAGAUGGUACUGGGAAUGGACUUCUUACAGAAGGUCAAGGCCGUGCAACUACCCUUCUUAUGCUCAAUAGCUAUCUUAAAGGAGGAGAAGUCAUGCAUGGUCCUUACAGUCACCGAAGGUUCGCCCAAGACCCCUAUGUUAUCGGCCAUGCAAAGACUCUCUCCUAGAAGAGAAAAGGAUCAUAAGAUUGAGUUGGAGCCAGGAGCUCAGCCCCCUACUAUGAGGCCAUAUAGAAUGGCAUUGCUCGAGCUGGAGGAGCUAAAGAGACAACUUAAGGAGUUGUUGGACGCCGGGUUCAUCCAACCAUCCAAGGCUCCCUAUGGCACUCCAGUCUUGUUUAAGAAGAAGCAUGAUAGGUCUUUACGAAUGUGCAUUGACUAUCAGGCAUUCAACAAAGUAACGUUAGACAAGUUCGUGGUGGUAUACUUGGAUGACAUAGUCAUCUACAAUAACACCUUGAAAAAGCAUGUAGAGAAUUUGAGGAAGGUCUUUAAGAUCCUAAUACAGAAUGAGCUAUAUGUAAAGAAGGAGAAAUGCUCAUUUGCUAAGGAAGAAGUGAGCUUCCUAGGGCAUCGCAUCAAAUAUGGCAAGCUGAUGAUGGAUGAUAGCAAAGUGAAAGCCAUCCAGGAAUGGGAUCCACCAACCAAGGUUGUGACUAAGGAGUUGGUGUUGGCAUUACCCAGCCACACCAAGGUUUUUGAGGUACACACGGAUGCCUCAGACGUCGCUAUAGGGGGAGUCCUUAUGCAAGAUAGGCAUUUGUUCGUCUUCGAGAGUCACAAGCUAAAUGACAUUGAGAGGCGCUACACGGUUCAAGAAAAGGAGAUGACUGCCAUCGUCCAUUGCUUGCGUACUUAG